AUGGCAUCACCAUGCAUGGAAGAAGGAAGGUGUAAGAAACGUUUCCCGAAAUCCUUUACCAAUGAUACUAUUACGGAUAUCGAUGGUUAUCCAUUGUAUCGCCGCAGAGACCCUGAGCAUGGUGGUCACACAUUUACAAUUCGAAAGUCAAAUUCUAUAAAUGAAGUUGAAAUUGAUAAUUGGUGGGUAGUUCCGUACUCACCAUUGCUGUCAAAAGCGUAUAAGGCUCAUAUUAAUGUCGAGUUUUGCAGUUCCGUCAAAUCAAUUAAGUACAUUUGUAAAUAUGUUAAUAAAGGAAGUGAUUUGGCCGUAUUUGAAAUACAAAAUAUAAACAAAAAUGACGAAAUAGCAAGAUACCAGAUGGGUAGAUAUAUAAGCAGCAGUGAAGCUAUCUGGCGUAUUUUCAGUUUUCCAAUACACGAAAGAGAGCUUUCUGUCCAGCAUCUUGCAGUACAUCUUGAAAACGGUCAACUAGUAUAUUUUACCGAAGAAAAUAUUCUCCAAAGACCAUUUGAGACACCGAAAACGACACUAACUGAAUUAUUUACAUUAUGUCAAAAAUCUGAUGUAUUUGGCCAAUUUGCAAAAACAUUAUUAUAUACCGAUGUUCCACGCUAUUUUACAUGGAAUAAAAUAGGGAAAAAGUGGGAGCCCCGUAAGCAAGGAAAACCACAUACAUCGAUCCCAGGCAUAUUUAAAGCUAAGACAUUGGGACGACUUUACACUGUACAUCCUAAACAACGUGAAUGCUUCUUUUUGCGUUUAUUGCUGGUGAAUAUUCACGGACCAACAUAUUUCGAAUAUUUGCGAACAGUGAACGAUCGAGUGUUCAAUACAUAUCAAGAUGCAUGUUGCGAGUUGCAAUUACUGGAAGCAGAUAAUCAUUGGGACUUGACACUUGCUGAUGCAGCAUUGACAUCUACACCGAAUAAUAUUAGUCAACUAUUUGCAAUAAUUUUGACAACAUGUUUUCCAACACAAUCAUCGACUCUGUGGGAAAAAUAUAAAAAUUAUGUGACUGAAGAUAUACUGCAUCGAAUUAGACGAACAAAUCAAUGUCCAAAUUUAGAUUUCACACCAGAGAUGUAUAAUGAAGCAUUAGUGUUGAUCGAAGAUUUAUGUAUUUUAAUUUCAAAUUUGCAACUUAGUCAUUAUGGAAUGUCAUCACCUGAUCGCCCGGCUGUAGACUUAGUGAACACUGAUUUGCAACGAGAAAAACAGUACAAUGACGUUGACUUAGCUACAAUUAUUAUGAAUAAUGAGCCAUUACUGACAGCCGAACAAAAAAAUAUUUAUAAUCGGAUAAUGCGGACCGACCAAGGUGGGUUUUUUUUUUAG